AUGGCCGCCAAGAUUCCCGCCAUUUGCCGCGACCGCGUCAGCCCCCGCGCCCAACAAACCCUCGACAUCGUAACCAAGUUCGUCAAGGAAGAAUGCCUACCGGCCGACCCCGUCCUCGAAGCCCAGCUCGGCCAGGGCUCCGGCCGCUGGGAGGCCCACCCGCCCAUCGUCGACGACCUUAAGCGCAAGGCCCGCGCCCUGGGCCUGUGGAACAUGUUCCUGCCCGCUGGCCACUACAAGGAGUCGCCAGGCUUCACGAACCUCGAGUAUGGCCUCAUGGCCGAGCAGCUGGGCAGGUCCCGCGUCGCCUCCGAGGCCGUCAACUGCGCCGCUCCUGACACGGGCAACAUGGAGGUCUUGGCCAAGUACGGCAACGAGGAGCAGAAGGCGAGGUGGCUGAAACCCUUGAUGGAGGGUGAGAUCAGGAGUGCCUUUCUCAUGACGGAGCCGCAGGUAGCCAGCAGUGAUGCGAGGAACAUUGAGAUGGACAUCCGGAGGGAGGGGAACGAGUAUGUGCUCAAUGGACAGAAAUGGUGGUCUUCCGGUGCAGGCGACCCCCGGUGCGCCAUCUACAUCGUCAUGGGCAAGUCGAGCCGCAACAACAAGGACCCCUACCGCCAGCAGUCUGUUGUUCUUGUGCCUGCCGACACACCCGGCAUUACCAUCCACCGCAUGUUGAGCGUCUACGGCUACGACGAUGCCCCGCAUGGCCACGGCCACAUCACCUUCAGCAACGUCCGCGUCCCUGUCGGUAACAUGGUGCUCGGCGAAGGCCGCGGUUUUGAGAUUAUCCAGGGACGCCUGGGACCCGGUCGUAUCCACCACUGCAUGCGUGCCAUCGGCGCUGCCGAACGCGCCCUCGACUGGAUGCUGAUGCGCAUCAACGACCCUCGCAAGACCACCUUUGGCAAGCAGCUGCGCGAGCACGGCGUGAUCCUUGAGUGGGUGGCCAAGUCGAGGCUCGAGAUCGACGCCGCCCGCCUUGUCGUCCUCAACGCCGCCAUCAAGAUGGACGAGCUGGGCCCCAAGGCCGCGCUGGCCGAGAUCGCCCAGGCCAAGGUCCUGGUCCCCUCCAUGGCUCUGACCGUCAUCGACCGCGCCGUCCAGGCCUUUGGCGGCGCCGGCGUCAGCCAGGACACCCCGCUCGCGAACAUGUGGGCCCAGAUCAGGACCCUCAGGCUCGCCGACGGGCCCGACGAGGUCCACCUGCAGCAGAUGGGCCGGAACGAGAACAAGAGAGGCAAGGAAGUCGCAGAGGAGAUUGAAAGGCAGAGGAAGCGGACAGAGGAGCUCCUGAAACAGUGGAAGGUCGAGAGGUCGGAGCCCGGGAGUGGCAUUACUAGAAAGGCCAAGCUGUGA